AUGGACGACCGAACCGACUCCAAGUCCUGGCUCCCCAAAUUCCUCCGUCCCAAAUCGACGUCAACGCCACCAUCUUCAACCCCACCUACCCCACCAAACGAGCGAACCUCCCUCCUCUACAAACCCACAGAUCCCAAUGCCAAUCCCGCGUCAUCCUCCUCGCAAUCCCCAGAAGGCUCAACAUACGAGGUCGACGAAAACGACUCUGCAACCAAACAAUGGCUCGCCGAAUUCCUGCUCCUGCUGCGCGGUUCCGUGCCGGUUAUCUUGGCAUAUACGUUGCAGAACUCGCUGCAGACAUUCUCGGUGUUGAUUGUGGGACGAUUGAGCCCCGAGGCGCUGGCUACGGCUGCGUUCAGUUAUAUGUUUGCCAUGAGCACGGCGUGGUUGAUUGCGUUGGGGGGAUCGACUGCAUUGGAUACAUUGGCUUCGUCGACGUUCACGGGGAGCAAGAACCCCCAUGAUUUGGGAGUUCUGCUGCAGAGGGCUUUUAUUGUCUUGACGGCUUUCUAUGUCCCUGUUGCUGUACUGUGGGCUCGCUCCGCGCCUGUUUUCAGAGCAUUGGGACAGGAGGAAUAUAUCUGCGUGGAUAGUGCCAAGUUUCUUACUGCUCUGAUACCAGGAGGGUUGGGAUAUGUGUAUUUCGAGUCGAUGAAGAAAUACUUGCAGGCUCAAGAGAUCAUGCGUCCAGGAACCUACGUCCUCCUCAUCACCUCCCCCCUCAACGCAGCCCUCAACUACCUCUUCGUCUACACCCUCAAAAUGGGCCUCCUCGGCGCCCCCCUCGCAACAGGAAUCUCCUACUGGCUCUCCUUCCUCCUCCUCGUCCUCUACGCCCGCUUCAUAGCCGGCUCCCGCUGCUGGGGCGGCUGGUCCCGCGCCUGUCUAGCCAACAUGACGACCUUUGCACGCCUCGCUAUCCUCGGCGUAAUCCACGUCGGCACUGAAUGGUGGGCCUUUGAAAUCGUCGCUCUGGCUGCUGGUAGGCUGGGAACUAUUCCUCUAGCUGCUCAGAGCGUCAUCAUGACUACAGAUCAAGUCAUGAAUACCAUCCCCUUCGGUAUCGGCGUCGCUGCCUCCGCACGAGUAGGCAAUCUCCUCGGCGCACGGAACGCCAAGGGCGCAGCUCGCGCUGCCAACGUCGCCGCCUGGUUGAGCAUGAUGAUGGGCGUGUUAGUCCUCAUCGUAUUAAUGUCCGUGAAAGACUUCUAUGCCAAGAUAUUCAACGACGACGUAGCAGUCAUCAAGCUUACGGCGGACGUGAUGCCCUACGUAGCGCUAUUCCAGAUCGCGGAUGGGCUGAAUGGGAGUUGUGGGGGUAGUUUGAGGGGGAUGGGCAGACAGCAUAUUGGUGCUGCUGUGAACAUCGUGAGUUACUAUAUGGGUGCGUUGCCGUUGGGGAUAUGGCUUGCGUUUCAUGGAUGGGGAUUGGCGGGACUGUGGGUGGGACAGUGUAUUGCUUUGUACUUGGUGGGAGCUAUUGAGUGGAUUGUUGUGGCAUGGAGUGAUUGGGAGAAGCAGGUUGUGAACGCGUUCGAGAGGAUGGAUAGUGGGGAGAGGGUUGAGAACGGGGAAGGGGAAGUGGAAGGGGGUUUGGUCCUGGAUGCUGGCCAGUGA